AUGUCCAGCCUCCAGUCUUUCAUGAUCCCAGGAUCGGUUGUUUUCAGCAUCCUGCUAGGAUUCCUCUUUCCAACUCCGCUAGCCUUGUUUGUGAUAGCCUUCUGCUCGGCUGUAGGCGCUUCCUGUUGCUACGUCUUAGCGGACUUCGUUGGCACUCAGACUGUUGCAAAGCUAUUCCCAGAUCAGAUAAGUACAUGUCGAAAGAUGACGCGUCGGUUUCAGAGCAUGUCGGGGCUGGCGAUUUUCUUCUUUCGUCUAAGCCCCAUCAUCCCCAAUUGGCUAGUGAAUAUUUGUUCGCCUGUUAUCGGUGUACCCCUAAAUGGUUUCUUCUGGGGUACCUUUUUCGGUGUGGUUCCUCUGUCAUUGUUUUUCGUGAAAGCCGGUACAAUUCUGCAGGAGCUCACGGACAUUGGCGUUACCUCUAUCGCCUCCGUUUACACACUUGCUCUCUUCGCCCUGAUCUCCUUCCUCCCCUUCGCGUUCACCAAGCAAAUUCGCGAAAAACUUAAGUCGUAG